AUGGCUUUCGAAAAAGCGCAGCUCGGCCCCCUUGGGUGGUUUUACAUCGCUUUUGAGAUCAUUUGGAAUGUCUUGCUCGUCGCCGCGAUGGCCUUUCUCUGGAGGCAUCGCGAGCUUCCCUCUAUUCGCAUGAGGAAGCUGCCUCUUCUGUUUGUUGGUGUAAGCGCUCUUCACAUAUAUGGAGCUAUUAGCAUUUUCGCGUACCCUUUCGGCACCUACUUCCCCUGCUCAGUAAUUUACUGGAUGAUGAGCAUCCUUGUACCUUUCGGCAUGGCUUUGUUCCAGGCCGCCAACACUCAGUUCCUUCAUGUGGCAAGUCGACAGAAGCAGAUCGCCCACAUGAGCACGCUGAACGACAGGAACCCAAUCAGCGAGAAGGAGGCUGCAUCAAUGGGCAACAACCGCCUUAAGAGGAUUGUUUCUGGGGUCGAGAGGGCCGACAGAGUCAACCGCUCGAUUUUCUUCAUUUGUGCCGGCAUGGUCCUUCAGAUCGCAGUCUCACUUCUCGUGUUUCUUGGCUCGGAGAAGUUCCACCCCGGCUGGGGACUGUGGGACUACAACGUCAAGGGCACUGAAUCAGAGCUGUACCUAAAGUGUAAUCAGGGCUGGGAAUGGUGGGCUUCCAUUGUCUGGCAAUUUGUCUGGGCGUGGAUCUACGCACCUUACAUGAUCUGGAAGAGUAGAGGCGUCCGCGAUGUCAACGGCUGGCGACUACAGACUAUCUGCACAUGCAUUGCUGGACUUCCAGCGUCCCCUCUUUGGCUUGCGGGCCUUUACUCUUCUUCGAUGGCAGCAGUUGGCGCCUACGCUCCUCCGCCGAUGUGGUUCGGUUUCUUCAUCUUUCUCAUGGAGGUCAUCACUCUCGGUUUCCCCAUUGUCGGCGUCUUCAAGGCUCAGAGCCUUCGUCAAGAGACACUGGAGGCCAUCGCCGAGUGGGAGAAGCGCCAAGCCCUCAACGGUUCCGAUAGCACUAUUGCUGCUGGGGGCUCGUUGAGAAAGAACAGUGUCUACUCCGAUACCUACUCCAAAACAACGACCCUCAGGUCUGGCGGUGGCAUCACUGUCAGCACAUUGGAGUCGACCAAAUCCGGAAUGCUUACCAUGACAGCACUUGAGAAUACCCUCAGGACCAACGCAGCUCCUUUGCUUGUGUUUGCAGCGCUCAAAGAUUUCUCUGGCGAAAAUGUCAGUUUCCUUACUCAUAUCGCAGACUGGCGCAAGUACUGGUUCACACCCAAGGGUUCCACCGCUGAACACCGCCGGUUGCAGUUCAUUGCUGCUACCCACAUCUACGCUCGUUUUAUUUCCCUCGAAUUCUCGGAGUUCCCUAUUAACAUCUCAUCAAGAGAAAUGAAGCGCCUCUAUAAUGUCUUUGACAGCGCCGCCGUCGCUCUGUACCGUAGCAAGCGCGGAUCUCUUUCUUCGGAAGCAUCCGAUUCGGCCACUCCCUUCGAUGCCAUCCAGCCAGACGACGUUUCGUUCGCAAAUUCACAAGCGCCACCCAGUCCCAGUGGAUCGACAUUCGGACUGAAGGAUCUGGAUGCGCUCGGUCGGGCCAACCUCAGGGCGGUGUCAUGCUUGGACGGACUGCACACAGAUGAGAAGUUUGCCGAGAUCGGUAUCCCCGACACUUUCGCAGAAGUCAUCUUCGACCCCGCAGAGAGUGAGAUAAAGUACUUGGUCCUCACCAACACCUGGCCAAAGUUUGUCAAUGCUGGACGCGCCGCAAGCCAGACCAGCAAAGACGAGGAGACAGGAAAUGGGUGGAAGCAAAAGAUGCUCUGCGACCGGAAAUAA